CGUCCAGCGCGCCACCGCCAUCGCCAUCGCUACGGCUAGCAACUGCCUCGCCUCCGAUCAAACCAACGAAUUGCUCUGUGCAGAGGGGGAGAGAGAGAGAGAGAGAGAGAGAGAGAGAGAGAGAGAGAGAGAGAGAGAGAGGGGGGAUGGAGAGCCAGGAGCUCUGGGCGCUGUACGUGGGCGUGGCGUCGCUGGCCAUCGGGAUGCUCGGGGUGCUGGGCGUCUGGCUCUGCUACCUGUUCCAGGCCGUGGCGCGGGGGCCGCCUCCGGACCCGCCGCCGCCGCCGACGCCGCCCUGCACGCCGGAGACGGAGGAGGACGACAAGAACGGGCUCUCGGAGGAGGAGCUGAGGAUGCUGGGCGGGAUCUGCGUGGCGGUGGCCGGGGAUGGCGAGGAAGAGGAGGAGGAGCAGCUCUGCCCGAUCUGCCUCGACGGCAUGGAGGCCGGGCGCGCCGUGCGCGUCCUCCCCGGAUGCAGCCGCGCCUUUCACCAGGACUGCGUCGACCGGUGGCUCACCAUCUCGCCGCGCUGCCCCGUCUGCAACGCCUGGGUCACCACGCAGUCGCCGGGGACCUCGCCGCCGCGCACCAAGCCUGCUCUGAAUUCUUGAGAUGGCAGCGUCGCCGCCCUCCCGAUCAUGGGUCAGUUCUUGGUUCUUGACGAGUUCUUGAUGAGUUCUCGUCGAUCGUCAUCGUCAGUUUCUAGGCUCUGGAGAGCGGUUCUUGGCGAUUUCUUGUUGGCUAUCUUGUGUUUUUUUUUGGAGGAUUCGGGGCUGCGUGUAAAUUGCCUUGGUGCUCUAAUUGUUGGUAGAAAUCAGUAGGCUUAUGCAGGUUUCAGCCCUUUCCUACUCUGACAGGUCAACAAUUUUGCCCGGAUUUAUUCUAGGUGAUGAAUGAAUGGAAUAGCUAAUACUGUGAAUAGACCAAACUUGUUGUUGAUAACACAUUCAUGUUUUUCAGAAGACAUUUUUCCAAUUUAGAUGACAAUCUUUAUGUUGCUUUGAGAUAUCUUUGACGAAUAUCCAAGGCCUGCAGCUGUAAAAUUUUACAUCCUUGUGUGGGGGAAAUCCAGAUUUGGCUUUUGAACUGUUGAAUCCUGAAGUCCUGAUGCUAGUAAAUCUGGGUUCAGUUCUGUUGUUGUGCUGUACUUGUGAAUUUCUGGGUUAUGUUACCUGAUGCUGCUUGAAGUCAAGUUCUGAUGUACUACUUAUGUGUUUCUGGGUCAGUUCCUUGAGGUUAACUUGUUGCUAUGAAUCUCUGCUGAAACGAUCCAAAGUUUCAUCUUUCUUCCUUUUUUGUCAAAUGUUUAUGAUUUUGUCAGUACCGGAAGAGCUUUAGGGAUUGAAGCUUAAAAUUUUAGACACAGCAGCAGAUCUGUUUCUGCCCUUUACGUAUUGUAGUAUUAGUUAUUUCCUCUUUCUUAAAGUAGCACCAUU